AGUUACUUGUUGCAAAUAAUUACCACCAACUGGUUCAUCGUUUUUCUUACGAUCAUUAAUAACAGUUAUUUAAUAAAAAAAUAACAUCCUGUAUCGUAGAGAACGCGAUAAAAAUGUCAAUGAGUUUUGUCAUACACUUGAACUUGUAGAAUUCGAGUCUAAAUAAAUCCUACAGUGUCCAUUGUAUCUUUGUUGUUUAUUAACCAGUAAUUGAAAGAACUUGCACUUUGGCAUAAGCACUCCUUUGUAUGCGAAUAAUAUGUAAAGUGUGUUUGUAAACCUGUGUUGUGUUAUUUGUCUAUUUUGUGUACAUUAAAGUGUAAAUAAAUACACCUCUAAUUAUUCGUAAUGAAAUCAGAAGUGUGCACAUUAGUUCUAGCAUUAUGUGUGGUUUUGGUGAAUCCUAUGUCUCUGUUAGGUCCAAGUUUUACUCGCUACGAUCCAUGCGGGCUUGGUCUGAUACAGUUUGACAAGACCUUGACUGAACAUUUGUGGACCGGUGUGUUGAAUUUCGGUCUUUAUCCUGAUUUAAACGAAGUUGUGGUUACCAUAGAGUUUAAGGAUGUCAUACGAUUUGCUUGGACACCAGACAAAAGUGAGAUAUUCUUUAGAGGGAACGCAAAGAAUUUGAUAAUAAAACCGUUUGGGGUUCCCCCAAAGAGGUACAUCUUCUACGUUCUUCUAUUAGCCCAAGCUGAAGUUCCAGUUGUUACUUCUUUCAAGCUCAACAAUCAGACACUUUGCAGUGAAGAAGAGAAGGCCGCUCAAACCACAGACUCCUUCAACCUAACCAAAGAGCACAGUAGUUACCAGCACGUCUGCGGUCGUCGGUCCAUAGACCACACUGAGCUGGUGACGACAGGCGCCGACGCUCGGGACGGGGACUGGCCGUGGCACGUCGCCAUGUUCAUAGUGGACGCCGUGGAUAAGAAGAAGGAAGUGUACCAGUGCGGUGGAAGUAUUGUUUCUUGGACUACAGUUUUGACGGGUAAGGGUUUUAUCAUUUCUUGGACUAGUUUUGACCGUGAAGACAGUAGACACCAGCACGUCUGCGGUCGUCGGUCAAUAGAGCACACUGAGCUGGUGACGACAGGCGCCGACGCUCGGGAAGGGGACUGGCCGUGGCACGUCGCCAUGUUCAUAGUGGAUGCCGUGGAUAAGAAGAAGGAAGUGUACCAGUGCGGUGGAAGCAUCAUCUCUUGGAAUACUAUUUUGACUGAAGACAGUAGAUACCAGCACGUCUGUGGUCGUCGGUCCAUAGACCACACGGAACUGGUGACGACAGGCGCCGACGCUCGGGAAGGGGACUGGCCGUGGCACGUCGCCAUGUUCAUAGUGGAUGCCGUGGAUAAGAAGAAGGAGGUGUACCAGUGCGGUGGAAGCAUUAUUUCUUGGACUACUGUUUUGACUGCUGGCCACUGUGUGAGCUCUAAAGGAACUAUAACGGAGGCUCACCGGGUGCUGUUGGUGGCGGGAACUGCUAACCUCUCUGACUCCAGCGCUCCAGGACUGCAGAGAUUUUAUAAUUUUCAGGCCAAGAAAGUAAUCUUGCAUCCUAGCUACACCGACGACCUGCCAACUGCAGACCUGGCGAUCCUGAAAGUAGACAAGCUGACGUUCACCAAAUACAUACAACCAAUCUGUCUAUGGACUCCCAACUACCCUUACGACAAAAGUCUACUGUUUGGUAAAGAUGCUACGAUCCUCGGCUUCGGCCUAACAGAAAAGGACGUUUUCUCCAAGACCCUUCGCACGAGCAACACGGUGGUACAGACGGACGCGGCCUGCAUCGCGUACGCACCGGACUUAUACCCGCGCCUGCUGAACGAGUUCUCCUUCUGUGUUGGCUACGGACCUAAGUAUGUAAUAAACCCGCGUAACGGCGACAGCGGCAGCGGCCUCCUCCUACCAGUGCAACAAUCGGACCACAAGAUCGCGUGGUUCUUGCGCGGCGUGCUGUCCAAGUGCGGCAUGAAGACGGGCGCGGCGCGGUGCGACCCUGCCUACUACGUAGUGUACAGCGAUGUCGCGCCGCACUACACGUGGAUCGCACACCAUGCGGGGUUGAAGUACCACGCGUAGGGUGAUAGGUCACAAAACUAGUGGAAAAAUAAAUAUUUUUUUAAAGUUUUUUUAAGGAUCUCUGAAGGUCAAGGUUAUAAGGUCAAUGAAUAAAAAAAAUGUGUAAGUACGUACAUAAAUUUAAGAUUAAUAUAUUGUAUUUAAAGUAAUUAUACUCUCUGUAAGAUUAAACUAACUUAAGCUUUAUUUACUCAGAUAUAAACCAAAUUUAAGUAAA